AUGGACCCCGUGUCCGAUCCGCUCUCUAUCUCCACCUCCGCCCCGUUCCCUACCAUCCCGGCUGCCUCAAGCUCCAGGCCCCGCGCCGCGAGGACUCGGCGCCACGCCGCGCCCUUCUGGUCGGACCAUCCCGCCACCGCGAGCCGGCGCUCCGGGAUCGAUCUCCCGCGCCGUCCUGCGGCCUCCGCCUUCUCCCAGCAGGAGGGUUCUCUUUCCGUGGGCUCCUGGGGCGCCUCUCGCGACGCCAACUUUGUGUUCGGGAGUGGCGUGGCCGGGGCGCCGGAGAUGAGGAGGAGCUUCUCGUCCGGAUCCGGUGAGGCAUCGUUGGCUGAGCUUUCGGACGCAGUUCACAGGCUCUCGUUGGAUGGUUAUGGCAGGCGAAGCGACAUUAUUGAUGCUCCCGGAGGAGAAGAUACGCUUCCAGUGAUAGACACCGGCGAUAGCUUUGGGGCCCGUGGAUGCAGUUCCACUUUGUAUGAGGGUUCCUGUCUGGAUUCUGUGCACCAUCAGAUCGAGCAGCUCGAUGAAGGACGUGGAGUCCCGCCUCAAACCAUGCAAUGCGAGAGUGUGGGGAUGCGAUUGUUAGCUUCACCAACCUGCACUGAUGAGAAUGCUCCCUUUGCAUUUGCAAGGAGCGGGGACAGCUUGCCCAUUCGAGAUUCUGUGGAUGAAAGUAAAAGUUCUGGACAUGGUGGUAAUGCCCACCAUGAUUUCUUUGUUUUUGGUGGACAUGCCGGGUACAGUAGCCUGGCUACCAAUGCAACUGAAACUAAUAUCAGUGAGGUACAUUCAGCUGACAAAGAAAGUGUAACAUGUAACUCUGAACAGCUAAAUACUUCAGUUGCUAAAGACAGAACUUGCACCAAGUUCAUUUUGCAGGAUGCAAAGCAUGUGUUUGGUUCAAGUGAUAAUGAUCUUCCACACUUGGAACCUUGUGAAGUUUCUACCAUGGUGGAAACAUCGGAUACUGUAACCUCUAGCUUUGGAUCUGAAGACGGGAUUGUGAAAGUUUCUUCCAUAAAGGUGCCUUGUGAUAUUGAAGCAGUAGCAGCAUCAGAACUUGUUGAAUGUCGGCCAUUUGAUGAGAAAUCUUUCACUUUUGACGACCACAAUGUAGUAUCUAGGAACAAAGGAGGGGUUAAGGGUAUGAGCAUGAACAGAAGAGCUUUUAUGCCAAAGAAGUCCUCAGCCAACCAGGCUUCUUCCUUGCAAUCAGUCUCAAGAAGUGGCCAUUGUUCUGGAGAAGUGUCUCCUGAAGAAAAGUUAAAUUUGAAAGAAGCCAGUAGCUUGGUAUCAGAGGACUCUGGUAUCAACUGUGCCCAAGUUGAUUCUAUCAACUCUUUGCGAACAACAGAAAGUGGGCAUGCUGAAACAGAGUUUACCUCUGCAGCAAACACAGAGCAUUCUGGUAAAUCUGAUUUCAUAUUUUCUGCAUCAACUUUCAACCAAAGCAUGUUGCACUCACAAAGACGACAUAACAAGAAAAAAAGUGGAGGAAUGGGUAAUCAUGCUAGCUCUAUUCAAAGCCUCCCUUCAUCCGCCAUUGGACUUGCAUGCUCAGAAGUCUCAGGAAGUCAGCAAUGUAUGGAUUUAGCUGCCCAGUGGACUGAAUACAGCAAAAUAGAACCUAACAGGGUUACAAUCAGCAGAGGAGCCGAAUUCUCAACGUCAGAAAACUUUGGAGACCAUGACAAUUGUGAAACAUGGCGAUUAAGGGGAAACCAAGCAUAUGCAGAAGGACAGUUAACUAAGGCUGAAGAAUGCUAUACCCAUGGGAUUGAUUGUUUUUCUCCAAAUGAAGUUUCAAGAAAAGCAUUAAUGCUGUGCUACAGCAAUCGAGCAGCUACUCGGAUGUCUCUGGGUAAGAUGAGAGAGGCCCUAUCUGAUUGUCGAGCAGCUAUUGAUAUUGAUUCCAGCUUUCUCAAAUCUCAAGGCACAAGCCAGAGCCGCCAAAAAAUAUCUGGUUUAAUUAUUGAAUCCAAGGAGUAUCUUAUAAAGAAGGCAUUUGACAAGAUACCCAGUGCCUUACAAAUGAUCUCUGAUGCUUUGUCCAUAAGUAUUUAUUCAGAUAAGUUCAUGGCGAUGAAAGCAGAAGCACUGUUACUGUUGCAGCGAUAUGAAGAAGUAAUUCGGUUUUGCGAAGAAACUCUUUAUGUAGCAGAAAGGAAUAGUGUGUGUUUGUGUCUUGACAAGCAUUCAGAAAGCGAUAACUUGGACAACAAUACUUUCUCUGUGAAGUUGUGGUGUUAUCAUCUUAUUGCUAAGUCAUAUUUCUUCCUUGGAAAGCUUGAAGAGGCUAACCAGUUCUUAAAGAAGAAUGAUCAAAUAAAAGUCAUGGGAUGCAGGUGUGGGAAGCAAUCUCAGGACUCAAUUCUAUCAUUCUCCAUGGUUAUCUCUGAACUACUGCGCCUUAAAGCUGCUGGCAAUGAAGCAUUCCAAUCUGGUAAAUAUUUGGAGGCUGUGGAACAUUAUACUGCUGCUUUGAUGAGCAAUAGCGAGUCACUACUCUUUUUAGCAGUCUGCUUUUGUAACCGUGCAGCAGCAUAUCAAGCAAUGGGUCAAAUUUUAGAUGCAAUUGCAGAUUGCUCACUGGCUAUAGCCCUUGAUGCAGAUUAUGCUAAGGCUAUUUCCAGAAGAUCUAGUUUGUAUGAACUUAUAAGGGACUAUGGUCAGGCAGCAAAUGAUCUCCGUAGGUUAAUUGCUCUUCUUGAGAAACAACUGCAAGAAAAUAUGACCAUACCACUAGAAAAGACUGAGAGUAUUCGUAACAAUCUGAAUCGAGCCAAUCUUCGGUUUUCUUCUCUGGAGCGGGAUGCCAGAAAAGGGGCUUCAUUAAAUAUGUAUUUGAUAUUUUAA